AUUCUGUUUGUAAAAUGCAUGUAUUUAUGUAUCACACCAAUAACAAUUCGUUGUAACUCCGUGUAGAAAAGAAGCUACUACAUUUUAUUUUUUUACUUUGCUCGAGUCAUUGCUGGAUAUGCAUACCUAUUAAAUCGAAAUAACUAGUUUCACAGUUAAUAAUGUAUAUAUCUACGUCGAAACUUCAUUAGCUGCUGGACCAAGCAGUAGGGCUGUACAAUUAGUUUUAAAACAAUUUUGCUCACUCACUUAAUUUUCAUUACUUGUUUACGUAGUCUGACUUUGGUCGAUCAUACAAACGUAGCUCCGCGUAUAGGUAAAACAUAAUAAUUAUUAACACCGACUGAUAACUUGAAUCCGACAAUACUUAUUUAGGAGGCCUAACAUUAUGUGUUGUAUAGUUGUAAUUGUGAUAUUUUAACCGAUCAUAUUAUAUUGCAGUACAUACCUAUCGUUUUAAAAAUGAAGUACUUUACUGAUAAAGUUCAAUAUUAAUCAAUUCCGUGAAAAUACUUUCUAGUGGUAAUAUAUAUUCCAGUGAGAUAAUACAUACAUGUUUGUAAAAUAUUGUUUAGUGGUGCUUAUAUUAUUUAUCUAAUUUAAGUUUCGUUUCAAUACUAAUUCAUCAUUGACCAUGGAGGUGACGUAUUCCUGGCUAAUAUAUUCAUGUUUAAUUUUUGGAAUAGACGUUUAUUGUGACGGAAAACUUGAAAAACGACAAACUAUAUCAUCAUGCACAGUAGACUUCGAGGACGCGUUUAACUGUUCAAAUGGACUAUGCAUCGAUACGUCGGAUAUUUGUGAUGGUCAAGCAGAUUGUUCAGAUGGUUCAGACGAGACCAACGAUUUGUGUGCUAAGCAAACGUGCCAAAGUUAUGAAUAUCGAUGUAGUUAUGGAGCUUGUGUAGAUAAAAGUGCAUUAUGCAAUGGUAAAAACGAUUGUGUCGAUGGAUCUGACGAAAACUUACCUGAAUGUAUAGGCUCUAUAGAUAGUACUCAAUAUUACAAUGUUUCAUCUAAUUGUCUAGAAGACCAGUAUAAAUGUAUAUCUGGCCAAUGUAUUGAUGAAGAUUCAACUUGUGAUGGAUAUCGAGAUUGUAACGAUGCGUCUGACGAAACUUUGGAAUUAUGUCAAAAUAUUCAGUGUCCAAAGUAUACUUUUCGGUGUAAUUAUGGUGCUUGUGUCAGUAAAAAUAGUAAAUGUGAUGGCGUAAGACAUUGUGUAGAUGGAUCUGAUGAAGAAAUGUGUCAUGUUCCUAAUAAUUCCCCUGUACCAACAGUUAUACCUGUUAUUGCACAAACACAGACUACGAAAAAGAGUUCAUGUGUUCUGCCAAUCAUUGAAGGAGUUAUAUAUUCUGACGAAAGUUCAAAUGAAAUUUUAUCUCACGGAACAUUGAUUAAUCAUUAUCGUACUGUCAUUGAGAACUGUGAAGUUGGAUAUCAUAAGGCUUACCCUUAUAGUUUUAGAGUUUGUCAGGGAAAUGGAAAAUGGAUAUCGAAAUCUGAUAAAUUAUGUUUCAUGUGUGGCAGAUCUUAUGUCGGACACCAAUUAUUGAUCGACAAUGGUAAGACAGCUAAUGUUGGAACAGCACCUUGGAAUGUAGGAAUAUAUCGAUUGAAUAAAGAUAAUUCUAAGUAUGACUUGAUAUGUGGAGGAUCACUAAUUGCUCCAAAUUUUGUCAUUUCUGCUGCUCAUUGUUUUUGGCAAGAUGGUAUGAUAUCUAAUAGAAUAUCAAUUAAUGAUAGUCUAUAUAAAAUUGCUGUUGGAAAAUAUGAUAGAGAUUACUCAGUAAUUGACAAUGAAUUUACCCAAAUAAUUGAUGUGGAAACAAUUUAUCUGAAAGAAGACUAUUUGGGAUAUAAUCGAUUCUAUUCUGAUGAUAUAGCUGUUAUCGUGUUGAAAAACAAAGUUAAUAUAAGUGAUGCUGUUGCACCAGUUUGUAUUGAUUGGAAUGAUGUAUACAAUGUAACAAAUGGAACUGAAGGAAAGAUUGUUGGUUGGGGAUAUACAGAAAAUGACAUACCAAGUCCAGUUUUAUUAGAAGCAACUUUACCGUACAUUGAUUAUAAUUCUUGUCGAUGUAUGUAUACCAAUGAGUUCCAAAAGUUUGUGACUUUUGAUAAAUUUUGUGCCGGAUCUAUAUCAGGACAAGGAGUUCGUGAAGGUGACAGUGGUGCAGGCUUGACAUUUUUACAUUUUGAUUUUUAUUAUUUAACCGGAAUAGUGAGUCUCAGGGAUCCAAGUACAAAAAAUUCAAUAGCGGUCUUUACAAAUGUUGUGAACCACAUUAAAUGGCUUCGUGAACUCUAUAAUAAAUACGCUUCUUAUGAAAGAGAAAAUAUGAUGGUUACGACAAAUGCAUGUGUUUUACCAAUUGCCGAAGGGGUAAUAUAUUCUUAUGAAGAUUCAGAUACAAUUUUAUCUCACGGGACAUUAAUUAAUCCUCUUCGUAUUGUAAUUGAGAACUGUGAAAUUGGAUAUCAUAAGGUUUUUCCAAGUAGUUUUAGAGUUUGUCAGGGAAAUGGAGAAUGGAAAUUUAAUUCUGAGAAUUUGUGCUUCAAAAUGUGUCCUCCUCUAUUAUCAGAUAGUUUAGAUGUUAAAUGUACUCUAAAUGGUGAUUAUGCAAAUUGUUCAAAUCCAUCAAUACUUGGUACAAAAGCUAUACCAUCAUGUAAGCUAACACAUACAAUUCCAAAUGGACAAGAAGAGACUCCAAUUGAAUUACUUUGUCAGUCUAAUGGAGCGUGGAAUAAUCAACUACAUACAUGCGUUCCAUAUUGCGGUAGACCGUGUGCCAGACACCAACCAUUGAUCGAUAAUGGUAAUACAGCAAAUGUUGGAACAGCACCUUGGAAUGUUGGAAUAUAUAGAUUUAAAAAUGAGAGUUCUAUGUAUGACUUGAUAUGUGGAGGAUCAUUAAUUAGUCAAAAUUUAGUCGUUUCUGUGGCUCAUUGUUUUUGGCACGAGAGUAUGUCGUCUAAUCGAAUACCAAUAAACGAUGGUUCAUACAAAGUCGCUGUUGGAAAAUAUACUAGAAAUUAUACGGUUAUUGACAAUGAAUUUACUCAAAUAAUGGAUGUAGACAUCAUUUACCUAAAAAAAGGUUAUCAUGGAACAAAUGGGUUUCAUGGUAAAGAUAUAGCUAUUAUCGUGUUAAAAAACAGAGUUGCUAUUAGUGUUGGUGUUGCACCAGUUUGCGUUGAUUGGAAUUCUUCAUAUAAUCUAACAAAUGCAGCUCAAGGAAAGAUUGUUGGUUGGGGAUUUACAGGGAACCACAUACCAAGUCCUGUUUUAUUAAAAUCAACUUUAUCGUACAUCGAUCAAAAGUCUUGUCGGAUAAUGUAUACAAAUGGGUUUGAAGGGUUUGUGACAAUUGAUAAGUUCUGUGCUGGGUCUGAAUUGGGACAAACAGUUCUUCAAGGUGACAGUGGUGCAGGCUUAACAUUUUUACAUUCAAAUUCUUAUUAUUUAACUGGAUUAGUGAGUGUUAAGGAUCCAAAUACCAAUCAUUCAAUAGCAGUUUUUACAAAUGUUAAGCACCACAUUAAAUGGCUUCGUGAACUGUAUAAUAAAUAUGCUUCUUAUGAAAGUGACAAUAUGAUGUUAUAUAUUAUACAGUUUUGCUUCAAUAUUAAUUCGUCAUUAUUUGCCAUGAAGGUGACGUAUUCCUGGUUAAUAUAUUUAUGUUUAUUUUUUGAAAUAGGCGUUUUUUGUGAUAGAAAACUUGAAAAACGACAAACAGUAUCAUCAUGCUCAGUAGACUUCGAGGACGCGUUUAAUUGUUCAAAUGGACUGUGCAUCGAGACGUCGGAUAUUUGUGACGGUCAACCAGAUUGUUCAGAUGGUUCAGACGAGACAAACGAUUUGUGUGCUAAGCAAACAUGCCAAACUUAUGAAUAUCGAUGUAAUUAUGGAGCUUGUGUAGAUAAAAGCGCAAUAUGCGAUGGUAAAAACGAUUGUGUCGACGGAUCUGACGAAAACUUACCCGAAUGUAUACAAAACACAAUAAAUAGUACUCAACAUUACAAUGGUUCAUCUAAUUGUCCCGAAGACCAGUCCAAAUGCACAUCUAGCCAAUGCAUUAAUGGAACAUCAUUUUGUGAUAGAACUCGAGAUUGUAAGGAUGGGUCUGAUGAAGAAAAAUGUGUUGGUUCUAAUACAAUACCUAUAUCAACACUUAAACCAGCAAAACAUGUUACUGAACAAACAACACAGACUACUAAAAUGAGUUUUUGCAUUCUACCUAGCCUUGAAGGAGUUAUAUAUUCUUACGAAGAUUCAGAUGAAAUUUUAUCUCACGGAACAUUGAUUAAUUACAAUCGCACUGUUAUUGAGAACUGUGAAAUUGGAUAUCAUAAUGCUUACCCCAAGAGUUUUAGGGUUUGUCAGAAUAAUGGAACAUGGACAUCGAAAUCUGAGAAAUCAUGUUUCAAGUGCGGUAGAUCGUAUGUCGGACACCAAUUAUUGAUCAAUAAUGGUAAGACAGCACAUGUUGGAAUAGCACCUUGGAAUGUAGGGAUAUAUAGGCUUAAUAAAACGACUUCCGAGUAUGAUUUGAUAUGCGGAGGAUCACUAGUUGCUCCAAAUUCAGUCGUUUCUGCGGCUCACUGUUUUUGGAAAAAUGGUAUGCUAUCUAAUAGAAUAUCAAUAAGCGAUGGUCUAUAUAGAAUUGCUGUUGGGAAAUAUUAUAGAAAUUACACAGUUAUUGACAAUGAUUUUACUCAAAUAAUGGAUGUGGAAACAAUUUAUCUGAAAGAAGACUAUCAUGGAUAUAGUCGGUUCUAUUCUGAUGAUAUAGCUUUUAUCGUAUUGUCAAACAGAGCUAAUAUAAGUAGUGCUGUUGCACCAGUUUGUGUUGAUUGGAACGGUAGAUAUAAUGUAAAAAAUGGAAUUCAAGGAAAGAUUGUUGGUUGGGGAAAAACAGAAAAAGACGUGUCAAGUCCCAUUUUAAUAGAAGCCACGUUACCGUACAUCGACCGUGAUUCUUGUCGAAGCAUGUAUACCAAUGAAUUUAAAAAGUUUGUGACUUUUGAUAAAUUUUGUGCCGGAUCUACAUCAGGACAAGGAGUUCGUGAAGGUGACAGCGGUGCAGGUUUAACGUUUUUACAUUCUGCUUUUUAUUAUUUAACCGGGAUAGUGAGUCUCAAGGAUCCAAACACAAACAAUUCCAUAGCAGUUUUCACAGAUGUUAAGCGCCACAUUAAAUGGCUUCGUGAAAUGUAUAAUAAAUAUACUUCUAAUAAAAGUGACAAUACGAUGGUUACGACAAAUUCUUGUGUUUUACCAAUUGCCGAAGGCAUUAUAUAUUUUUAUGAAGGUUCGGAUGAAAUUUUAUCUCACGGGACAUCAAUUAAUUCACAUCAUAUUGUAAUUGAGGACUGUGAAACUGGAUAUCAUAAGGCAUUCCCGAGUAGUUUUAGGGUUUGCCAGGGAAAUGGAAAAUGGAAAUCGAAUCCUCAAAAAUUGUGUUUUAAAAUGUGUCCACCUUUAUUAUCGGAUAGCUUAGAUAUUAAAUGUACUCUAAAUGGUGAUUAUGCAAAUUGUUCAAAUCCAUCAAUAUUUGGUACAAAAGCUAUACCAUUAUGUAAGCCAACCCAUAUAAUACCAAAUGGACAAGAAGAGACUCCAAUUGAAUUACUUUGUCAGUCUAAUGGAGCAUGGAAUAAUCAACUACAUACUUGCAUUCCAUAUUGUGGUAAAGUAUAUUCAAAUAAAGCUACAUUGAUCGAUAGUGGUAUCAAAGCUGAUGUUGGAUCAGCUCCUUGGAAUGCUGGAAUUUAUCAAUUAAAUAAAGAGAGUUUCACGUAUGACAUGAUAUGCGGAGGAUCAUUAAUUAGUUCAAAUAUAAUUGUUUCUGCGGCUCAUUGUUUUUGGCAAAAAGAUAUGCUGUCUAAACGAUUAUCAAUUAACGAUGGUCUAUAUAGAAUUGCUGUUGGAAAAUAUGAUAGAGAUUACUCAGUAAUUGACAAUGAAUUUACCCAAAUAAUUGAUGUGAAAACAAUUUAUAUAAAAGAAGGUUAUUAUGGAUCUUACGGAAAUCAUGCUGAAGAUAUAGCUGUUAUCAUGUUAAAAAACAAAGUUUCUAUUAGUGUAGGUGUUACACCAGUUUGCGUUGAUUGGAAUAGUAGAUAUAAUGUAUCAAAUGGAGAUCAAGGAAAGAUUUUUGGUUGGGGUAAAACAGAAAAAGACGUGUCAAGUCCCAUUUUAUUAGAAGCCAGUUUACCGUACAUCGACCAUAAUUCUUGUCGAAGCAUGUAUAAAAAUGGAUUUGAAUCGUUUGUGACUAUUGAUAAGUUUUGUGCCGGGUCUGCAUUAGAUCAAGGGGCUCGUAAAGGUGACAGUGGUGCAGGCUUAACGUUUUUACAUUCUAAUUCUUAUUAUUUAACUGGAGUAAUGAGUGUCAACGAUCCAUAUGCAAACAAUUCAAUAUCGGUUUUUACAGAUAUUAAGUUUCACAUUCAAUGGCUUCGUAUGCUGUAUACAAAUAAUGAUUAAUAUCAAAUAAUUUAUUUUCAUUGUAAUCCUGAUCAAUAUUGAAAUAUUUAUAUUAUAUUAUUAUAUAUUAUUAUUUUUAUUAUUUUUAUAUUAUUAUUAUUUAUAUUUAUAUUUAUGAAUAGAUUAUUACUUUUGUGUUACAAUUUUUGACAGUACAUCUUUGCACAUUUAUUUG